AUCAAAUCGCUCAGCCAGGAGAUGAAAUGCACCAUUCGGCUGCUGGACGACUCGGAGAUCUCCUGCCAUAUCCAGAGGGAGACCAAAGGGCAGUUUCUUAUUGACCACAUCUGCAACUACUACAGCUUGCUGGAGAAGGACUACUUCGGCAUUCGUUUUGUGGACCCAGAGAAGCAGCGGCACUGGCUUGAACCUAACAAGUCCAUCUUCAAGCAAAUGAAAUCUCAUCCACCAUACACCAUGUGCUUUAGAGUGAAAUUCUACCCACACGAACCCUUGAAGAUUAAAGAAGAGCUCACCAGGUAUCUUUUGUACCUGCAAAUUAAAAGAGAUAUUUUCCACGGUCGACUGCUCUGCUCCUUUUCAGAUGCUGCCUACCUGGGUGCCUGUAUCGUCCAAGCUGAGCUCGGUGACUACGAUCCUGACGAGCAUCCUGAGAAUUACAUCAGUGAGUUCGAGAUUUUCCCCAAGCAGUCACAGAAGCUGGAAAGAAAAAUAGUGGAAAUUCAUAAAAAUGAACUCAGAGGCCAGAGCCCACCAGUUGCUGAAUUUAACUUACUUCUGAAAGCUCACACUUUGGAAACCUAUGGGGUGGAUCCCCACCCAUGCAAGGAUUCGACAGGCACAACAACAUUUUUAGGAUUCACUGCUGCAGGCUUUGUGGUAUUUCAGGGAAAUAAGAGAAUCCAUUUGAUAAAAUGGCCGGAUGUCUGCAAAUUGAAGUUUGAAGGGAAGACAUUUUAUGUGAUUGGCACCCAGAAGGAGAAAAAAGCCAUGUUGGCAUUCCAUACUUCAACACCAGCUGCCUGCAAACAUCUUUGGAAGUGUGGGGUGGAAAACCAGGCCUUUUAUAAGUAUGCAAAAUCCAGUCAGAUCAAGACUGUGUCAAGCAGCAAGAUAUUUUUUAAAGGAAGUAGAUUUCGAUAUAGUGGCAAAGUUGCCAAAGAGGUGGUGGAAGCAAGCUCCAAAAUCCAGAGGGAGCCUCCAGAGGUGCACAGAACCAACAUUACUCAGAGCCGCAGUUCCCACUCCUUGAACAAACAACUCAUUAUUAACAUGGAGCCCCUGCAACCCCUGCGGCCAUCCCCCAGCGAGCAGGAAGAGGAACUUCCACUGGUUGAUGUUUCAUCAUUUAAAAUCUGGAUACUGGGCAGUUUCAAGAAGGCGGGUCACUGUGUCCCCGAGAGAUCACCUUUACCUGCAGCUUUAAGUCAAGAAUCCCUUCCAUAG